GUCUCUGCCUCUCUCUCUCUCUCUCUGUGACUAUCAUAAAUAAAUAAAAUUAAAAAAAAAAAAAACUACUGUUCAGUACUUCCCUUAACAAGGUCUAAGAGCAAAGUGAACAUCGGGCAUGGGCAUGGGUCGGUGUUUAAGGCCAGCAGAUCCCUACUCCUUACAGUCAUCCAGCUGGUGCACAUCCCCCUCCACCAGUUUGGGUCCCUUUUCUGACGUGUUCCCAGGACGCUCAGCCUGGGCCAGCCUGGGCCCCGCUCUGCCACUGGCACUGGCACUGGCUCGGGUCGCCUUCCUGCGCCCCCGGGCGCCGCCCUGUGACGUGAGAGCGCGGCGCCGGCAGCGGCCACUGGCCACUGGGAGUCGGGGAGUCGGUGCGCCCCGGCGACGGCUCGCGACGGCGCUCUCUUCCCGGGUUCCGGGUGGCUUUUCAGCUCUUGUGGUCGAAGCUGGAAGACGGGGAGGGCGUGGACAUUUCUGACCUGACACUAUGGAGGAAGGAAGAGGCGACAACUUCGACCGGGGAUAUAGUGCAACUAUCAAUGCUUGAAAUAAGACACAAGAUAGCGGAACUGGAAGCCAAACUCAAUACUGAUGAUGAAGGUGGUGAAUGGAAAGUUCGUUAUGAGACACAACUGGAACUGAAUGAACAACUAGAAAAGCAAAUUGUUUCUCUAGAAGAGAAAAUGGAAAAAAUCCCUGGAAAUCCUUCAGAUAGAUUGUCUUCUAUCCGUGUCUAUGAACAAAUGCCAGUGGAAUCCUUAAAUACAUUGCUUAAAUAGCUAGAAAAAGAGAAAAGGAGCCUUGAAAAUUAAGUGAAAGACUGUGCACUGAGAUUGGAACAAGAUUCAAAGGCUUACCAUAAGACCAACAAUGAGUGCCGUAUAUACCUAGCUAAAAUGUCACAGAUCUCUGACUCAUACCAAGUUUCUAAAAGGCAACAGAUGGAUCAACUGCCUAGAGUGAAAGAGAAUCUAGUGAAAAUGAGAAGAUAUAAUUCAGUUAAUCAGAAGACAAUGAAUGCCAAGAGAGGACCAGUAAAAAAGAUUACAAGAUCAAACCAUCUUCCAAAACUCAAUCCGUAAUUGUAGAACUGGGUGGAUUUCUAUAUCUUCCUUUUUUUCAUCUGUAAUAUUCAACUGGUGAAGUUAAUGUUUAACACAUUUUUCAGGGAAUGAAAUAGACAAGAAAGAACUAUCAAACUUCUGUUUAGCUCCUCUUCCAGAAGUUUGUUCCUUUGUCUGUAUGAAAAUAAUUUUCUCAAGUGAUAGAUCCUAAAACAUCUAAUAGCAUUGCUUAUGAUUUUAGAAAUAUCCUAGAAAGCCUGAAGGUUGGCAUUAUUACACUUAACAUUUAAUAAUAUAUCCAUAACAUAUGCUGAUAGUAACAUUGCUAUUAUAUUUGGUUUCUAGUUGACUAUCAGCUAAAAAUAUGAAUUCAUCAAAACAUUUGGCUAUUAUAGGCUCUAUCCUGUUUGGGUCUUUUAAACUUAUGGUUUAAACAAAGCUACAAAUCAGAUGGAUUUUAUUUUUUUUUAAGAUUUUUUAUUUUAUUUAUUCAU